AUGUCUCACUUCCCGUGCCCCGUCUCCAUAGAGCCCAACUUCCUGCCCGUCGGCAGCUCGUUCGGCCACAACGCCGUCGUCCGCCCGACAUCUACCAACGCACUUUCGGCAUGCAUCAUCGCCGCCUCGAAACUGGGCAAGCAAGUCGUGCCCGAGUUCGGCGCCCCCGCCUACAACCCGGCUACCAUCUCGCAGCGUCUGGCCGGCGCUGUCGUCGCAAAGCUCGACGCCUUCAACUCGUUGCACGUCUCGCCGGACGGCACGGUGGUCAUCGGUGCCGCCGUCACCAUCGCCGCGCUCGUCUCCGCCGCCAGGCACGCUCGCAUACUCCUCCCGGUCCCGGACCUUCCGCACGAAACCGUGGUCGACGCGCUCAAGUCCGGCGUCCAGUCCCACUUUUCGCGCACCAUCGGCACGCUGCACAGCCGCCUCACGGCCGCGACAAUCGUGCAGCCCGACGGAGCGAUCGUGCAUGCCGCGCCGGAGACCGACGCCGCCCUCAUCGAUGACGCGCUUUCGCACAGCAGCACAGCCAUUGUCACUUCGCUCUUCUUCCGCGCCAUUCCGACCGCCGAGGCCGCAGAAUACUGGCUCGCUCGCACAGCUGUCAUGUACCACUCCGAGACCGCGCUCCGCUUGUUGACGGAUUUGUUUGCGACGGUCGCAAAGACCAUCACUGACCAGUCCGACAUCCUUGUCCACACCAAGGCCGCUAUGUACAACAUUCCGGUCAUCGUUGUCUACGUCUCUGGCAAGGGAGAGCAUUCUUCGGACGCAUUUCUCCACGCCGUCAAAGACGCCGUGCUUCGUGUCACGGGAAACUCUCCCCAGUCAACUGGCGUGUUUAAGGUUUUCAAGGGCGCGGCUGCUGGCCCCGAAACCAUUGCCUCGGGAGAGAUGGGACGUUUGCAAUAUGGCAAAGAAGCUGUUCUGUUGCACCAUACGUUCCCCAUGGCGCAGGUCGAGUCAGCGAUCCAAGAUAUCAGUGUGGUUGUCGACGAAACUCUCGGUACAAACGCAGAGGGCGAACUCUUUUCAGUGGCCGUGUCAUCUUCGACCCGCAUCUCUAUCAACAAGGAAGGAGAGCUCGAGCUCUCGGCAUUCCUUUUCAAACCGACCUUCCCCAGCCAAACUGAUAAGGAAGUUGCAUCUCGGUUCCAGGAAACUAUCUCCAUGUGCCGAUUUCCGGAAACUCCUGAUUUCUCCACUUUGCAAGCCAAUUUCGCGCCACCGGUGGUCCCGCCGACGAUCAAAGUGAAGGAGAACCUCAUUCCGAACUUCAAGGGCAACGUCUACAUGCAGGGUGAUGUCCUUUAUGAGGAUAGGGCGUAUCAAUACGCCACAACGUCCUAUCCCGCGCAGGAUAUGACGCCGUACAUGGUGGCUUUUCCGUUCGACGAGGAAGACAUUGCUGCUGCAAUUGCGUUCGCAAAGUCAUUCCCGCAGCAGAAAAAUGUCGUCGGGCGCAGCGGGGGACACCAGUACAGCGGCCUUUCUUCGGGCGGUAACGAGACGAUUGUCCUCAGUAUGGACUAUUUCCGCGAUGUCAUUGCCGACCCGAACAACUUCCACAUCAUCACUGCCGGCGUGGGCGUUCGUCUUACGCACAUAGCAGAUGAGUUCGACAAGGCGGGUGUCACGGUGCCGCACGGCGAGUGUCCCCUUGUUGCGAUCGGGGGACACACACAGUCUGGAGGCUACGGGCAUCUGCUGCGCAGCUACGGUCUCAUCAUUGACCAUGUGCGCUCAUUCCGCAUCGUUGUGGGCGACGGGUCUGCACACGAAAUCCUCAAGCCGGGGGUUGUAGGUACGCGCUCGCUCCCGAAUAACGACGAUGUCUACUUCGCCGUGCUCGGGGGCGGGCCGAGCAGCUUUGGCAUUCUGACGACAAUCACGUACGACACGAUCAAGAACGUUGACCAUCCUUACUCGGGCGGCCUUAUGGCUACGCUGACAUACAAGAAGAAGUCGUUCAGGGCGAUUAUGGAGGAGCUUCAGGCGAGAACCGUGAAGAUUUGCGACGGUGAUACACUGCAAGCAGACAGUGACAUGAUGGCUAGCGCACUUUCGUUCGAUCUCCGCGGGUUUGCAGAGGGCAGCAUGAGCACGGACCAGCCUGAACCUGAGGGCGAUGCGAUCAUGGAGUUCCCGAUCAUGGGGCUGCCGCCAGAUCUCCCUUUUCUCCCGGACGGGAUUUUGCUGCUUGAACUUGUGUACGGAGAUCAUGAUGCAAGCGAGGAUACGAUGAACAGCACGAUUGACAGCUUCAACAAACUGUAUGAGAAGGUCAAGGUGAAGACAAUAAUCCCCCAAAUUUCCUUUACAUCGUUCAACGGAAAGAAGUUGCUGUCGUCCAUGUCGAAUGAUUUUGUGCGCCGCUUCGGCACCGGAAAGGAGGGCCGCGAGUUCCAGUAUCCGUACGAAAAGCGUCUCAACGGGUCGUUCGUGCCGCUGACGGACGGGUUCGUGACUGGAUUCGUGAACCUCUGCAGCGACGUAAUCAAGGACGAAAAAGUGCGGCUCGUGUUCCAGGUCGGGCUUGGCGGAAGCCAGCAUCUAAACGGCGGAAUGCAGAAGGCCGCAGACGGGAGCAAGGUAUCGAUUACGGGCUGCUCGCGUCGCAAGUGCUCGAUCCUCAUCGUGUUCGAUGUGUUCUACACGGCGGGUAACCAGGAAGUGGCAAAGCAGUACCAGGUGGCGAUGGGCGAGCUGCUUGACCGAGAGUUCCCGGAGGGCCAGGCGGUGCGCUUGCUCUGGGGCUGCUAUGGCGACACGGACAUCAAGAACGUGUGGGAUUAUUACUACGACAACCCGCAGCUUUACUCGAAACUGCAGGGCAUUAAGGAAGAUGUCGACCCGAAGGACGUUUUCCACACAAGGUUCAAUGUGCAACUGCCCUCUCAGCACAACAUCUCGUCUUAGCGCAAUAUGCGAGCGAGGCUGCGUCUUGAACGUCAACCUGCUUCGACAGUUAAGCUGAUAUGCAGCUCUCUUACAAAAGUAAAACUUGCUUUUCUGCUCUUCAGUUAGCAGUUAGUGACAAGGAA